AUGGUACUUUCGGCCAAACAGGACUGCGGCUCGGUUUAUCUGUUAUCUGGGGGCUCUGUUUAUCUUGUCUUCUCUGAGAACACGUUCCUUUCCCAGAUCCGCUUCCUCGUCCUACUCCUUUUGUGGUCUGGAGUGACCGCAUUGGAUGUGGAUAUCACAGAGAAAAUGUUCACGCAACUCGUCCGCGCGAAUGCAACGAUCCAAAAUCCCCUCCUCAACAUCACAGGCGUGGACGUCUUCACUUGUGCCGAUUCAUGUACUAGUCUACGCCUACAAUACUUCAACACACAACACUCAACUACGCACUCACCACUUAUACUGCGCGGCAUACUGGAUAGUUUAUGGCGUCCAGUAGGAUGGCGCUGUCAGAAACUGCGUUGCAAGCAAGCAUGGGUCGCGAAGCCACAGCAGGAUGGCGGUGCUGUCUAUGGUCAAGUUACUUACUAG